GAAUGCUUAGGCCUAGGAAUAUGAAAUUUCAUAGAUACAUUGAUUAUGACUGGCAGAUGACCCCGUUUUAUUUGGUUUUUAACUGAAGUUCCGAGGGUAGACAACCCCAUUAGUUAGUUACAUUAAGUAACAAUUCUUAAGUUACAACCAAUGAAGCUACAUGUACAAUUAAAAGGUCGACAAUAGAUCGAUUGCCAAAAAUUUAAUCGGUCGCGUUCUUAAAUAAGUAUACAGAAAUGUACAUACACACAGUAUACGUAUAAAUAAAUAGAAAAACAAAUAAAAAAAAAAAGAAAGCAAAAUACCACUUCCUCUUUAUUAUUAAACAUUGCAUAUAAUAGAUAUCUGUAUGACCCGUGUUAUUUUGAAACUUACUUUUAAACUAACUCGCAUACAUUUAACAAAUUUGAUUACACUUUGCUAUCGUUUUUUUUUAAAUAAAACAACAUUUAUUUUACUUUGCUAUUGUUAAUUUUGUUAUUUUCGUGUAUAGUUUAUUUAAAACAAAGCAUGAAAUGACACAUAAAACGUUUUUAAAACAAAUACAGUUUAGUUUAUCGUAAACGUCUUAUUGUAAAUAGAAGAUAAAGAUACUUGGUAAACCAUGCCAUGCAAUGACACUUCAAGUUUGAAGUGAAAUGACUAAGGGGGAAACAUGCAUGGUGGAAACACCUGGGGCCCGAAACAUCCGACGACAAUAUUAAAUAGAUGUUGCUCGUAUUUAUAAUUUGGACACUGUUAUAAGUUUUAUGUUUAAUCAACAACAUAUUAUUUGCAUAGUUCUUCCAGGAUUCCCAGCUCAAUGCAGCGGUUACUCAUUUUGUGAAUGUUGACCAAAAGCCUUAACACUGUUUAUAUGUCUCCCGGUCUAUACUGGGGAACAUAUUGUUUUUGCCCUGUCUGUUGGUUUGUUGGUUUGCAUCAAAUUUUAACAUUGGCCAUAACUUUUGCGAUAUUGAUAUUUGCCACUUGAUAUUUGAGUUUGACGUGCAUGUGUAUCUCAUGGAGCUGCACAUUUUAAGUGGUGAAAGGUCAAGGUCUUUGUUCAAGGUCAAAUGUCAAUUACAUGGGCGACAUAUUGUUUUACAAACACAUCAUGUUGUUUUUUAUUCUGAAUGUUCACUGUCAAUGGAAAUAUUUUUGCAGAAGGAAACACUACAUUAUCAUGAGUAUUCAUACAUUUGUACAUGUAUCAAUAUAGAUAAUGGGCAUGAUUGGGAUCCAGAGAGGCAGAAAAUCAAAACCCAAAACCAUUUUUCUGCCUUUGUGUUCCUCGUUUCCAUCGGUCAGGUUCUUUUCUGCCAAUCAACAGAGGACAAGAGGUCAUCCUGUGUAUGUAAUUUCUCGAGAACAGCUGGAAUUCUUCAUUGAAGCUGGCUUUACAAGACGACAAAUGGCAGAUCUUCUGCAUGUGUCUGACUCAUCGGUCAAGCGAAGGCUUAGAUCCUUUGGUCUAAAGCUGAGGCAGACAUACUCGGUGCUGUCAAAUAAUGCAUUAGAUGAUCUUGUGCGAGAAGUGACCCAAGGGAACCCGUCCCUUGGUCAGAGAAUGGUUCAAGGCCUGCUGCAGAGCCGAGGACAUAGAGUUCAGAGGCAGAGAGUUGCUGACAGCCUAAUACGAGUUGAUGCCGCAGCAGUGGCUUUGAGAUGGUGUCAUUCCAUAAGACGACGGGUCUACAAGGUUGCAGCACCAAAUUCAUUGUGGCAUAUUGAUGGAAACCACAAGUUAAUCAGAUGGGGCUUUGUCGUCCACGGUGGGAUUGAUGGAUACUCGAGACUGUGUGUCUUCCUGAAAGUAUCCACCAACAACCGUGCAACCACGAUGACGAAAGCCUUCAUAAAUGGUACUAGGCAGUAUGGUGUACCUUCCAGAGUGAGAUCGGAUAAAGGUCUGGAAAACACAGGAGUUGGAGCCUUCAUGAUAUCCUAUCGAGGCCCUGGUCGUGGAUCCUUCAUUACUGGGAAGAGCGUCCACAACCAGAGGAUCGAGCGGCUCUGGAGGGACAUGUAUUCUGCAUGUACCAAUGUGUUCCACCAGCUCUUCCAACAUCUAGAGGAGACGGGUCGCUUGGACCUGAGCUCCGAAGUACACAUGUGGUGCUUACACCUGGUGUAUGUUCCACUCAUUCAGCGGGCCUUAGACCGCUUCCGUGACGGAUGGAACUGCCACAGACUGAGUGAGGAGAGGGGCAGAACACCCACCCAGCUUUAUCUGCAGGGCAUGAUAGAGCAUGCAGGACGUGGUCAUCGAGGGGUUGAUGACAUGUUCUUUGAACCUCAGGAGGAACAACUGAGUGUCUCAGAGGAAGACUAUGGAGUAGAUGAGGAAGCUCCUGUAGCCUCAGCAAAUGACGAUGAGCUACAGGUGUCCUCUGUUACAACACCCAUUGACCAUGAACAAAUGGCAGAACUAACUAAUAGAAUAAGACCCUUGGAUUCAGAGGAUGGUUUGGCUGUUGACUUGUUUGAACAGGCUGUGUCCUUUUGUUCGCAGGCAUUAAACAUAUAAUGACGUAUACUGAACAGUUCUAAGUGGUCAAUGGGUUGUAACAGAGGACACCUCUGGCUUCGUCGUUUUCUAAGUUUCAG